AUGGAGCCGUCCACGGCACCUGCUGCGGAUCUGUCCGAUCUCUACUCCGUGAUCCCGUUCAAUGUCACCUUCCCCUAUGAUGCCAUGGGCUUUGUGCCCGCUGGAAACUACUCCGAGUCGGAACCAAGCCCCCCCACCAAGAGUCCUGCGGGCAUCAUAAUAGCCAUCUCCAUAACGGCUCUCUACUCGGUUAUCUGUGUGAUUGGACUGCUAGGAAAUCUUCUCGUCAUGUAUGGUGUAGUAAGGUACACCAAGAUGAAGACGGCCACUAACAUCUACAUCUUCAACCUGGCGUUGGCCGAUGCCCUGGCCACCAGCACGCUGCCCUUCCAGAGUGCCAAGUACCUGAUGAACACCUGGCCCUUCGGAGAACCACUCUGCAAGGUGGUGAUCGCCAUAGACUACUACAACAUGUUCACCAGCAUCUUCACGCUCACCAUGAUGAGUGUGGAUCGCUACAUCGCUGUCUGCCACCCAGUGAGGGCGCUAGAGUUCCGCACGCCCGUCAAGGCCAAGAUCAUCAACGUGUGCGUGUGGAUCCUCUCCUCGGCCGUCGGCGUGCCCAUCAUGAUAAUGGCAGUUACCAAGGUCACGGAUAACGGGAAAGUGGUCUGCACCCUGAAGUUCCCCGACCCCGACUGGUACUGGGACACGGUCACCAAGAUCUGCGUGUUCAUCUUCGCCUUCGUGGUGCCCGUGAUGGUCAUCACCAUCUGUUACGGCCUGAUGAUCCUGCGACUCCGCAGUGUGCGCCUGCUCUCGGGCUCCAAGGAGAAGGACCGCAACAUGCGCCGCAUCACCCGCAUGGUGCUGGUGAUCGUGGCGGCCUUCAUCAUCUGCUGGACGCCCAUCCACAUCUUCAUCAUCGUCAAGACGCUGGUGGACAUCGACCAGAGGAAUCCCUUCAUCAUCGCCAGCUGGCACUUGUGCAUCGCGCUGGGCUACACCAACAGUAGCCUCAACCCCGUGCUCUACGCCUUCCUGGACGAGAACUUCAAGCGGUGCUUCCGCGACUUCUGCCUGCCCUUCCGCACCCGCGUGGUCGAGAGGAACAGCCUGGCCCGCCCGGGGAACCACGCCAACAACCGCGAGCCCGUGUCCGUGUGCGCCCCGUCGGAGGCGGUCGGGGGGAAGAAGCCUGUAUGACUAGGCAUGGACCGGAUCCCGAAGGGGUCCCACCACUCUCGGCGGAUACAGCAGGACCUGCAGUCGGAGGUGACGCAGAUCUCCACCACUGAGUUCUAACCCCAACCGAAACGUCGCUUUUUAAAUUCUGCAAAAUGAGGACAGUAUGUGGCGAGAGUUUUCAUUAGUAACAUUGGUGACCUUGUGGAUCUUCUCCAAUGCACCUGACCAAGGGAGGUGUGCAGAGAAGUCUCAUCAAAAAAUGACCUGAACAAACCACU